CAGGGAGGAUGAUGAUGUGGUUGUGUGCGGUUUCACAGCUUCAGAACGGACAGAGAGCCCCUGACUUCCUGUUUGCAGCAGCUCGCUCGGCUCUGAGGGCUUUGUUGAGACAUUUCGUUGGCAGUCGGCGAGGAAACAACAAAUCAGACCCUCCAUGUCAUUUUCAGACACGAUUGGCAGCAUGUACAUAUGCUAUAUCUUGGAUGGGAUUCUCAUCCUGUAUGGCAUCAUUCUCACCAUCCUUUACUGCAGGCUGAAGAUGGGUCCAACCUACAAAACAGCUGGCAGUCAUGAGAAACGGCCUGCUGAGGGAGGCAUCUAUGCGGUGAGACUUCCCAUUCUAAUGCUUAAAAAGACAUUUAAAAAGGCACAUGAGGGAAAACUAACGGCGCAUGGGUCUGACCUCUCAAAGCACUGACACCUACGAGACCAUCAGAACGGAUAAAAAGCAAAUGGUGUGAUGCGGCUGAGCACAAAAACAAGCUUUUUAUUUUUCUGUAUUAAAUUGUAUUAACCAUAACGGGCCUGUGCAGAGAUUUCCGAUUUCAUACUUAACGACUUGUUUGUAAAAAUUACUUCUUUACCUGAGAAUUUUAUGUCAUGCAUGCGUGAAAUGCCAAAAGCAGUAAAAUUGUUUAACCAUUUUAAUCACACUUGCUGUGCAUCUGAGUUUUUGUUGUACAUCACUCUGCAUCUCAGAAUAGUUUUUAUAAAAUUUACUUGGAAAGCAGAA